AUGCGUUUCACCGCUGCCUCCAUUGCUCUCGUUGCUGGCCUCGCUGCUGCUCUCCCUGAAGGGAUUCAGACCGUCUAUGAGACGGAGCAGUUGACUGUCACCUCCUGCGCUCCUGAGGUCACCGACUGCCCCGGCCGUAAGCCUACAUCCGCCCCCGAGGGUGUUGAGCCCAUCACCACUCCCACCGGCAUUCCCUCUCAGCCAACUGGUACCGGUGGAAGUCCCAGCGGGAGUGUGCCUGUCAUCCCCAGCGGGUCUGGCUCCAGCAAUCCGGUUCCUCCUGCUUCUAGCACUCCCGCUGUGCCCAUCGUCCCCGGUGUGCCCAGCGGCAGCACCACUUCGGUCAUUGCGGUGACCACCUGUGUGCCUACCGUCAGCUACCACACCAUCACCGUUCCCACCGGGGUCAACCCCACUGGUCCUGCGGGCCACUCGAUCCCCGUGAUCCCCACCGGAACCCCUGGUGUCCCUGGUCCCAGCAGCAGCUCGACCCCCUCGACCUCCGCUCCUGGACCUCUGCACACCGGUGCUGCCAGCUCCGUCAGCAACUCCUUCGGUCUUGCCGGCGUUGCUGCCGUUGCCGCUUUCUUCUUGGCUUAA